UCGGAAGAAGAGAGAGAGAGAGAGAGAGAGAGAGAUAGAGAGAGAGAAGAAAGGCAGUGUCUGGGUGGUGUGGGGGAAGGUAGGGGGCAAAGCUUCAGCAUUUGGUCUCUCUUAGUCUCAGCAAGCCCUCCUUUUUCUCUGCCCCUCUGUUCCCUCCUUUUACUUCGCCGUUUCCCCCCCUUUACCUCGCCGGAAAAGCCCCUACCCUUUCCCGGGAAAGCUACAAACUUUUUCCGGGAAAGUUUUUCUUUUCCAUUUUUUUUUCAAUUUGUUUCGGGAGCUGCAGAUUCUGCCGAGCUGAUCUGAACUCAGCUGAUAGAGAACUUGGUCCGAGUGCGUCGUCCGGGAGCUGAGACGAGCUCGGAAAGCAGGUCUAAUUCCUUGCCAAUAUAUCUCUGGCGAUAUGCGCAAGUGAGACUCUCGGCGAUUUAUACAAUUUCGUAAAAACCCAAGUCGCCAUAGCAAACAAUGAAGCCGCCGGCGAACGGCGCGGGAGCUUCCGUCGCCAACUGCGCAUCCAAUUCAUGCCCAGGGGGAGAGAAUGUAAAGAGCAUAAACCCGGAGCUAUGGCAAGCGUGCGCCGGGCCGCUGGUGAACUUGCCGCCGGCCGGGACCCACGUGGUGUACUUCCCUCAAGGCCACAGCGAACAGGUUGCGGCUUCUAUGAAAAAGGAUGUGGAUGGUCAAAUACCGAACUACCCGAAUCUUCCAUCCAAGCUACUUUGUCUCCUUCACAAUGUCACCUUGCAUGCGGACCCCGAAACAGACGAAGUUUAUGCUCAGAUGACACUUCUGCCCGUGUCAUCGUUUGACAAGGAUGCACUAUUGAGAUCAGAUCUUGCGCUCAAGACAAAUAAGCCCCAACCAGAAUUUUUCUGCAAAACAUUGACAGCAAGUGAUACAAGCACUCAUGGAGGUUUCUCAGUGCCCCGACGUGCAGCAGAAAAGAUUUUCCCUCCUCUCGAUUUCUCCAUGCAACCACCUGCCCAAGAACUUGUCGCCCGGGAUUUGCAUGAUACUGUUUGGACCUUCCGCCAUAUCUAUCGUGGGCAACCAAAACGCCACUUGCUUACAACAGGAUGGAGCCUAUUUGUUAGUGGGAAGAGGCUUUUCGCUGGUGAUUCCGUCUUGUUCAUCAGGGAUGAAAAACAGCAGCUUCUUUUGGGAAUUAGACGAGCAAACAGGCAACCCACCAACCUAUCAUCUUCAGUAUUGUCAAGUGACAGUAUGCAUAUUGGAAUUUUAGCAGCUGCAGCUCAUGCUGCCGCUAAUAAUAGCCCCUUCACAGUAUUCUACAAUCCUAGGGCUAGUCCAUCAGAGUUUGUUAUCCCUUUAGCCAAGUACUACAAGGCAGCAUGUGGCAACCAACUAUCACUAGGCAUGCGUUUUCGUAUGAUGUUCGAAACUGAAGAGUCAGGGACAAGAAGGUACAUGGGUACAAUUACAGGAAUUAGUGAUCUUGAUCCUGUUAGGUGGAAGCACUCACAAUGGCGUAAUUUGCAGGUUGGUUGGGACGAAUCAACUGCUGGGGAAAGGCGUAAUCGGGUUUCAAUUUGGGAAAUUGAGCCUGUUACUGCUCCAUUUUUCAUCUGCCCCCCACCAUUCUUCAGAUCAAAGCGUCCCAGGCAACCAGGAAUGCCAGAUGAGGACUAUGAUAUGGAUAAUCUUUUCAAGAGAACAAUGCCUUGGCUUGGUGAUGAUAUGUCCAUGAAGGAUCCCCAGGUUCUACCUGGCCUAAACUUAGUCCAGUGGAUGAACUUGCAGCAAAAUUCUUCCGCAGGCAACUCCAUGCAGCCAAAUUAUAUGCAUUCGUAUUCUGGUUCAGCUAUGGAAAACCUUGCUGGAGCAGAUCUUUCUCGGCAGUUGGGCUUGUCGGCUCCUCAAAUACCUCAAAUGAACAAUUUACAAUUCAAUGGCCAGAGGCCACCUCAGCAAGUGCAACAGCUUGAUCAGCUCCCAAAGCAGGCAUCCUCAUUGAGCCCGUUAGCAUCCAUGAUACAACGUCAGCAACAGUUGGGAGAUAAUUCUCAACCACCCCGGCAAAAUUCGGUCAAUCAAACUCUGCCCUUGAGCCAAGUUCAGUCCCAGCUUUUGCAACCUCAGACCCUUGCCCAAAAUAACAGUGGUGUUCUUCAGCAGCAAUCGUCUGCUCAAAACCAUCUUCAAAGAAACAUACCUCAGAACCUACAGCAGCAUCAGCAGCAGCAGCAGCAGCAUCAACAACAAAUUAUGGGUCAAAAUCAACAGCAGAGUUUUAUUCAGUCUCAACCACCAGAUCAAAUGAACCAACAGUUACAACAUCUUUCGGAUAAUCAGCUUCAGUUUCAACUGUUACAGAAGCUUCAACAGCAACAGCAGUCACUUUUAGCGCAGCAGGCACUGCAACAUCCCGCCCAACAAGUCCAACUCCAGGACCAGCAGAGGCAAAUGUUUGAUAUGUCCCAGAGCUUCUCGAGGCCUUCUCCCACCCAAAUGUUAGAUAUGCCUCAAAUGGCACCAACCUCGCAUCCUCAGUCAAGAACAAUGCCACAGCAGAUGACAAAGAAUAGUCACAGCCAAGCUAAUGUUCGGUUUUCUCAACCACCUCAGCAGCCAAAGCUUCAACAGCAGCAAUCUGGUAUGCUGCCUCAAAUGUCCAGCCACAUGGGACUCCCAAACACAACCACCAAUCACCUCUCUACAGUGGGUAGCAAUAUGAUGACAGCGGUUGCAGGAGCUGGGCAGUCUGGGAUUACAGAUGAGGUUCCAUCUUGUUCAACUUCACCAUCCACAAACAACGGCCCGAGUGUAAUUCAACCGUUGACGAACAACAGAUCCCACCGAAACUCAUCAAUAGGGGAGGACAUAGCUCAGUCUGCCACCACAAUAUUGAGUUCCGGUGCCAUAGACAGAAUGCCAUCUCAUGGUAACUUGAUGAAAGAUUUCCAACAUAAGUCUGAAGUUAAGCCGUCAGUGAACAUUGCUAGGAAUCAAAGUCAAGGAAUUCUUGCUCCGCAAGCAUACAUGAACGGUGCAGCGUCCCAGACAGAUUACUUGGACACAUCAUCUUCAACAACUUCAGUUGGCCUCUCUCAGAAUGAUGUCCAUUUACAGCAGAAUAACGCCCCGUUACCUUUCCAUCCACAAUCAAUGUUAUUCAGAGAAGCAAGUCAAGAAGUGGAAGUUCUGGUGGAUCAGAGAAACAAUGUUCCGUAUGGUUCUAACAUUGAUGGUCAAAUAGGGAUACCCUUGAAUCCUGAUCCUAUGUUGGCCAAAGGCGUGGUGGGGUUAGCAAAGGAUUUUUCAAAUACUCUCUCUUCAGGUGGCAUGCUUGGCAACUAUGAAAAUUCGAAAGAUGCUCAGGUGGAACUUUCAACUUCAAUGGUUUCCCAGUCCUUUGGAGUUCCUGAUAUGACAUUCAAUUCGAUUGACUCAGCAAUAAACGAUAGCAGCUUUCUGGACAGCGGCCCAUGGCCACCUGCUCCGCCAUUUCAGCGGAUGCGGACAUACACCAAGGUGUACAAACGCGGAGCUGUAGGGAGAUCCAUAGAUAUGACACGCUAUUCAAAUUAUGACGAGCUUAAACAAGAUCUGGCUCGACGGUUUGGUAUAGAGGGACAGUUAGAGGACCGAGGGAGGGUAGGCUGGAAACUUGUGUAUGUAGAUCAUGAGAAUGAUGUUCUGCUAGUUGGAGAUGACCCUUGGGAGGAGUUUGUGAACUGUGUUCGCUGCAUCAAGAUCCUUUCCCCGCAAGAAGUCCAGCAGAUGAGUUUGGAUGGAGAUUUUGGUGGCAACGCUGUGCUCCCAAACCAAGCUUGCAGCAGCUCGGAUGGUGGGAAUGCCUAAUGUAGCAUGCCAAUACGCUGACAGUUUUCUCCCUAGUAGGAGCCUUAGAUGCUUGUAGGAAAAUCUUUCACGGUAAUCAGCACGGCAUAAAGAUUAAAGUUUGACCUUUCUGGUGACUUAGCCGUUACUAGUUGCUGGAGCAAGCAGUUUGAGAAGUGGUAUUUCAUGGUUAAGGUUGGCAUCUAACUUUCUGGCCGAGCUCUUACAUAAGCAUGGGAGAGAAGCUGAAGUUCUGAACAGAGGAUCCUAGUCCGAAAUUUCUUGUGGUUCUAGUUGGUCCCGAGUUCUGUUUUCGGGACGGCAAAUUUCCGGCCUAGUGAACAAUCUAGUACGGCAUGUUUUAUAUUUGCGGAUACAACGAUGAUGUCUGAAGUCAAUUUUAAACUUCAUUUGCCAUUUUGCUUUUCA